AUCGGCCGGGGCACUUACAUACGUCAGGAGAGACAGAAUAAGCAGAAUAAGUAGAAUAGGCGCAGGCCUCAACUCCGCAGGAUCCAUCAAAAGCGUCCGAGUGCGUCUGGCUGCGGCGCAUAUUCCUCUGCCAACCGCCACUCCCCAUCCUCCCGCAUCUUCUCCCUCCGCCAUACUCCGACCACCCGCAUCGCCCACUGCUCGGAGAUCGUCCCCCUCCCCUCCCCCCCGCAGCCAACGCAGAGGAUUAAAUACUUCAACUCGUUCGCAAUGGACUCGCUGUCGCCGCUGACGCUGCGGAAGAUGGAUCGCGUCGCGGCUUCUCGCCAGAAAAGCUGCAACACCUGUGUGAGGGGCAAGCGCAAGUGCGACAAGAAGACGCCCCGGUGCACGCGGUGCGCCGCCAAGGGCCUCGACUGCGUCUACCAGAAGCUGCCCCCCGGAGCGAGCUUCCACGACGAGGACAUUGGGGCUCCGUCUACGAGCGAGGUGCACGACUUUGACAUGGGCUUUGACAUUGAAAGCCUGGGCACUUCGACAGACACGACGACGACGACGGCUACGACGUCACCCGAGAGUCUACACAGCAACAACGUGACGUCGAUCCAGCUUGACUCCAACCUCGACUUCUCCAUCAUCGACCAGCUCAUGGCCAACGACUCGCCCAACGGCGCGGAGCUGUGGAACCUCGGCGACUUCGGCUCCAACAAGAUGGAGAUCCCGAUGGUGACCGCACACCCGCCGAUGGCCAUCCGGGACAUGACGCUGCUGCAGGGCGCCGACAGCUGCCUCGCCUUCAACCCGCUCGACGUGCACGACCCGCGCACGCGCAUCGGCUACAUCGUCGACGCCCUCACCAACAUGUACCGCGGCUUCGCCCACACGCGCACGCUGCCCUUUGUGCACCCGCGCCUGUACGGCUCCAACCUGCCGCGCACCAUGCUGGCCGCCUUCUCGGCCGCCACGGCCUACGCCGGCCGCACGCCCGAGAACAAGGCCUGGGUGUACAAGCUCGUGGCCGAGGCCGCGCGCGAGAUCCACCGCGAGGGCGAGCGCGUCGACACCGCCGUCGAGAAGGUCGCCCGCGUGCAGGCCCUCGUCAUCCUGGACUCGAUCCGCAUGUUCGACGGCGACGUGGCGCUCCGGGCCACGUCGGAGCGCGAGAUGCCACAGUUCAUGGCGUGGCUGAUGGAGCUGAAGGCGCUGAAGGACGAGUUGGAGGAGGGCCUGAGCUCGGCCGUGCUGAUAUCUACAGACCGGCCACCGGCGAGUUGGGAGAGCUGGGUCCUGCUUGAAAGCACACGCAGGACAGUCAUGAUGGCAUUUUCCUAUGUCUGCAUCAGCUACAUCCUCAAAUCUAAUGAGCCGCCCUGCGAAAUCAUGGAUCCAGACAUCUCCUUCACCGUAUCGCGCCACCUCUGGGAGGCGCACUCAUCGGUAGCGUUCUUCCACGCGUGGCACAACAAGCCGCAGUAUUGCGUGUCCGAGAUGGACUUCAAGGACGUGUGGAUGCGAGCCCGGCCGGAUGAUGUGGACGACUUUGCGAAGCUCAUGUUGACAGCGCAAUCGGGUCCUGAUGCUAUGGACUAUUUUAUGUUGGGGAAUGUGAAUAUUAGCAUGACGGCAUGAACCGAUCCAUGUUGAGCUUCUGUUUGGAUCUUGACGGGAAAAGAGCCGGUUUCUUUCCUUGAAUCUUUACUGUAUAAAGGCGGCUGGAACAAAUUUGGCGCACGUGGGCCUCGGACAUAUCACACGCACAGUUGGCUACAGUAAGCCACGAUUUCUUCUUGCAGGCUUAAUAGCCCAUAAUUCACUGUUGUUUAGCUAUUGGUAACGGACCAUUAGACUAAGGUCUGGCUAUUGGGAUCUCGCAAAAGCAGCGCUGAUUCUUGCACCUCAAUAUUCGCACCCUGCUCCCCAUGUCC